CCCACUUCCUGCGCCUUCUCCAUCUUCGAACCCUCGCUGGAGUUUCCCAGUGAUCUUCUCUGCCUUUCCCUCGCCGGAGAGGCCGCCGUUGUUGCUCUGAGCGCACACACACACUCUCUCUAUCUAUUCCCUCUUGCUUUCUCUGCGAUAAAUUCAAUUGAGAGGCUGGUGCUCAGUCGUAGUUUGUCUAGUUCGACUGAGAGCCAGUGUAGGGUUAGAUAGACAUGGCGAAGAGGGAGCUCUCCAGCACUCUGAAGAACCUGAAGUUCAUGCAAAGAGCAGCUCAGAGGGAGGAGAAGCCUAGGAAGGAAGAAGAAGAAGUGAAACCUGAUGGGAGUUUCUUCUCUCCUAGUACCGUUAGUCGAAAGUGUGUAGUCAUAAUGGAAGGGGAUCCUCAUCCUGGAGCAAUUAAAGGGCGGAUGUCUUUUCAAAGUUUUAAUCCUGCGAUAGAUAAAAUCAUUGAAGAGGCUGAAAAUCUUCAUCAAACCGAUGCCACAGCAACUUCAUUUAAUGCUCAGGUUGCGUCUUUCAGGGAGAAUGGAUCGUCUAUGGGGGGAGCUGACUGCUCAGACAUUGAUAAAAGGACCAAUAACGAAGCUGAUGGGGACCUUAAGAGGAAGCAGUCCGAAGUUUUAGGAGAAGCACAAUACCCAAACAAAUCUCCGAGAAAUGGGCAAAGCGAUCAAAGUUCGUCGCCGUCUAACAGUAGAAGCUCCCGCAAGCAAUCGAAGCGGGAUAAGCUCGACUGGAGCGUUCUGAGACCACCAAAGGGUCAACAAAAUAAAGGAUAAGUGGCUACUUUAGCUAUUUUGGGGGCCUUGCGAUUUUAGAUAUUAGCAGUCAGUUGAUGCUAAAUUUUUUUAUGUAAUUUUAUGAGUUUGUAAUGUUAUAUCGUCAUAGAGGCACUUAAUUAUACUAACCGAGAGGUGACCAUUUCAUCUUUUUGUUGUUUCUUUUCGGUCAUAGUGAAGAAAUUGUUGUGUUAGAUCACGAACUACCCAUUGCCUUGUGUUGCGAUUUAUUCUGAAAGCAAAUGCUCUAUUCAGUGGUAUGA